GAGCCUAAUCUCUCGUUCUCUGUUUCUCUUGCUCUCACAGGCGGCAGAUUACAGAUGGCUCCUGAAACGAGGCACAGAAGUUCUGACUUCGGCUCAAAGUCCGGCGUGAAGCUCCCCCUCAAGACGGAAGCUUAAAGACGGAAGUCCUAACGGACCAUAUAACAUUGACAGCCUCGAGUGAGAGACUAACCUGAGAGGCUUCAUCUGCGGAGAGACCGAAACCUCAGAGGUUGAAGAGCAGACACCCCAGCUUCCAGAGAAGCUUUGAGAGUCGAGCUCAACAGAAGCCUAUGGAACAAAGCUGUAGCAGAAUGUCACUCACGGUCUGUCCUCAGUCUUAAGCAUGGAUGCCCUGUUUGAAUCUGGGUGACGCUUUCUUCCCUUCCUCCUUCCUGUCUCCUCAGUGGCGGGAGGGGUGGGGGAUUGCUUCCGUUCUCCCUGCCCCUCCUUACAACAUAGCGAGGGUACUCUCACAGUUUAAGAAUACCAGCACUGCUAACAAACCUCUGGCUGUGCUUCAACUAGCACUACUACAGUCUCCCCCUCCCCCACACAUGAAAUCCUGCCAGAGCCUGAAGGGAGAGGUGUCCAGCCCAGGUGGGAUGUCACAGGAGGGGCGCAGAACGCAACAGGUGGCCCAGUCCUACUACCACUCCCCCGCCCCAGACCUGGACCUAGCGGGCAAGCUGUACAAGCGGGAGGGCGGGGGCAAGCCUUACUCUGUGCUAGUGGACAACAAGAUGGCAGCCAAGACCCCCAUGGGUGACCAGACUCCCAGUCAGCUGUCCCCGCAGCAUGUCACCUCCUCCCAGCAGCAGUACUACAGAGAGGGGACAGUAGGGCAGGAGGGGGGUGCACAGGGGUUCCAGGCAGGCAAUGGGGGCACCUCUGAGGACUCUGAGGAAGAAGAGGAGGAGGAGUCCUUCAAGCGGGAGCAGAUCAUCGUGGAGGUCAACCUGAACAAUCAGACACUUAACGUAUCAAAGGCGGACAAGUCUGCCCCCCAAACGGAUGCCUCAGAGAGACACUGCAGCGAAGAAGAAGAGGAGGAGGAAGAAGAGGAGGAGGAAGAAGAAGAGGAAGAUCUGGAGGAGGAAGAUGAGGAGGAGGAAGAAGAGGAGGAAGAAAUAGAGAGCCGCAGAACGAGAGCCAAGAGGGCCCGGCGUGGGGUGGCCCCCGCUACCAGCCAGCCCCGGAGGAAGACUCAGUGCACCGCUCUGAGCACCACCGGCAUGACCACCAGGGGCCGACGGAAGAAGACCACCCAGCCGCCCAAGAGGACGCGUCGGACUGCCAGGGAGGGCAAGGGGACCCCCUCCUCAGCUGGCUCUGCCACGGGGGAUAAAGCGGAUGGGGAGGAGCGGGAGACGCUGGCGUGUGAGAAGUGCCCACGCGUCUUCAACACCCGCUGGUACCUGGAGAAGCACAUGAACGUCACACACAGACGCAUGCAAAUCUGUGACAAGUGUGGCAAGAAGUUUGUCCUGGAGAGUGAGCUGGCCUUACACCAGCAGACUGACUGUGAAAAGAACAUCCAGUGCGUCUCCUGCAACAAGUCUUUCAAGAAGCUGUGGUCGCUGCACGAGCACAUCAAGAUCGUGCACGGCUACGCAGAGAAGAAGUUUGCCUGUGAGAUCUGUGACAAGAAGUUUUACACCAUGGCUCAUGUCCGCAAGCACAUGGUUGCUCACACCAAGGACAUGCCGUUCACCUGCGAGACCUGUGGCAAGUCGUUCAAGCGCAGCAUGUCCCUGAAGGUUCACUCCCUGCAGCACUCUGGGGAGAAGCCCUUCCGCUGUGAGAACUGUGCUGAGCGGUUCCAGUAUAAGUACCAGCUGCGCUCCCACAUGAGCAUCCACAUCGGACACAAGCAGUUCAUGUGCCAGUGGUGUGGCAAGGACUUCAACAUGAAGCAGUACUUUGACGAGCACAUGAAAACACACACCGGUGAGACAGAGAACACACACAGCUGUUUACACUCACACACUCACUGAGGAAUGUGUUUGACACAAACGUGCAAUUACAAAGCUCACCCUCCAAGGAUCUAUUCCUAUAAAAAGCCCCCUUUGAACUUUUCCCUGUCAUCGGAAUGUUCAGAAUCCAAAUAUUCAGACGCUAAGUCUUCCAAUAAUGUUAGAAGCCAGACCUCUUCAGUCUUCAACAUUCGGAAGUUCUCCCUGACCAACGCCAUCCCAUUUACUGGAGAGUCUGCAUGGCCUUCAGUCUUGAUCCCUAGUCAGCCAGUGAGUCUCCGUAGAUGCUCUAUAAACGGAAGUAAACAGGGCGUCCCAAGACGAGCGGUACCGAGACCUCGCCCAGUCUACAUAAUGAGAGGGUGGCAAAGCAUCAGUGUUGCCUCUCCUCCAUGUCUACGUAUAAUGACUACCCUUCUCCCCUGCUGCAGGCCUGUUCUUUUUCAGUCUUUUUUAAAUGUAAUUUGUCCCUCCCUAGUGUGGGUGGAUUCCCUGGAUUCUGCCCUGGUGGUUAUUUUUGUAUGGUGUAAUUAUUUGACCGUCUCUCCCGGCCGCCGCUGACCAAUUUGGCCUCCUGUGGUCGGAGACACACCCAGUGAUGCCUUGUAAUACACACUCUUCUCCUUCUUCGUCCUUCUUUCUUCUCU